AUGGCGCAAAAUCAGCAAAGGACGGAGGCAACUAUAUUGCAAAAUCAGCAAAGGACGGAGGCAACCGUUAUGCAAUAUCAGCAAAGGACAGACUCCGAAAUACAGGAUAUAAGGAAUCAGAUAAGUCAAAUGGCCACAACAAUCAACCGCUUGGAUGCCCAAAAUCAAGGUAAACUGCCAUCUCAACCGGAGUUGAAUCCGAAGAACGUGAGCGCAAUGACCCUAAGGAGUGGAAAAGAAAUUCAGGGGCCUGAACCUGUGAUUCCCAAGGACAAGGAUGAAGAGAAAAUCGAAAAUGAGCUUGGAAGGGAGGGCAGAAAUGGUGCAGAUCCAAAGGUACUCCCUGACCCAAUAAUUGCAGUUAAAACUAACCCACUUCCUUUCCCUAGCAGGUUGGAAAAAUCGAAGAAGCAGGAUAAGGAGAAGGAGAUCUUGGAGGUUUUUCGCAAGGUUGAGAUAAAUAUCCCCCUCUUGGACGCCAUCAAACAAGUACCAAAAUAUGCCAAGUUCCUAAGGGACUUGUGUGUAAACCGAAGGCGAUUGAAGGGAGAUGAACGGGUCAUAGUUGGGGAAAAUGUGUCUGCGGUCCUGCAGAGAAAGCUCCCACCCAAGUGCGGGGACCCAGCUGAUUUUUAUGUACUUGAUAUGGAUGAUGAUCACUCCCCUGAUCCCUCACCUCUGUUAUUGGGUAGACCUUUUAUGAGCACAGCACAGACGAAAAUUGAUGUUAAUAAGGGUAUUCUGUCCAUGGAGUUUGAUGGGGAAAUUGUGCAUUUCAAUAUCUUUGAUACUAUGAAAUAUCCCUCAAACUCCAACUUUAGCUCAGUUUUCUCUGUGAGUGCUAUUGACCCUGUAGUGCAGGAAGUGUUUGAAACUGUUGGCAGGGAUGAGUUAGAGGUGGCUUUAACAAAGCACCUCGAGUUGGAGACAACUCCUGAGGUGGAGUGGAGCGAGGAUCUAAAAUGCACAAUAGGUGCAUUACACUCAUUGCCGACCACCACAAAAAGGUAUGAAGCAUCACCUAUUUUUAUUCCUGAACCUCACCAGAGGGUAUUGCCAUCUGUGGUGCAGGCACCGGAAUUGGAGUUGAAACCCCUACCAGAGCAUCUGAAAUAUGCAUAUUUGGGUGAUAAUGAGACACUCCCGGUGAUUAUCUCAUCGGCACUGUCAAAAAUCCAGGAAGAGAAAUUGAUCCGGGUUCUUCGGGAGCAUAAAGAGGCGAUAAGCUGGACAAUCGCAGACAUUAAGGGGAUCAGCCCUGCCAUCUGUAUGCACCGGAUUAGGCUAGAGGACGAUGCCAAACCUGUUAGGCAGGCUCAAAGAAGGCUCAAUCCCCUCAUGAUGGAAGUUGUGAAGAAAGAAAUUUUAAAAUUGUUGGAUGUGGGGAUUAUUUUUACAAUCUCUGAUAGCCCUUGGGUGAGCCCGGUCCAGGUAGUCCCAAAGAAGGCAGGAGUGACGGUGGAGGCCAACCAAACGGGUGAGCUUGUUCCAGUGCGUAAGCCCACUGGAUGGAGGCAAUGCAUAGACUACCGUAGGCUAAACGCCGUCACCAAAAAGGAUCAUUUCCCUCUCCCUUUCAUUGAUCAGAUGGAUUUUUCAAAAAUUGGAGCCCCGUUGUUCCAACUCCUACAAAAAGAUGUAGCCUUCGAGUUUGAUGAUAAGUGUGAGAGAGCCUUUAACAAGCUGAAGGAAUUGUUGACUUCACCCCCAAUCAUCCAACCCCCCGAUUGGAAUUUGCCAUUUGAGAUCAUGUGCGAUGCCAGUGAUUAUGCUGUUGGGGCUGUACUGGGGCAAAGAAUAGGGAAGGCGGCUCAUGUCAUCUAUUACGCAUCCCGAGCCUUGAAUGGAGCCCAGUUGAAUUAUUCUACCACUGAGAAGGAGAUUCUUGCAGUUAUUUUUGCUUUGGAAAAAUUUAGGUCAUACUUGUUAGGUGCUAAAGUGAUUGUAUUUUCUGAUCAUGCAGCAUUGAGGUACCUGAUGACCAAGAAAGAUGCAAAACCGAGGCUCAUACGGUGGAUACUGCUCCUACAGGAAUUUGACUUGGAGAUAAGGGACAAAAAAGGCUCAGAAAAUCUAGUAGCGGACCAUUUGAGUCGCAUACUAGUUGAAGAGGAUAGCGAGCCAUUGAAGGAUGCAUUCCCCGAAGAACACCUAUUUUCCUUAAAUUCUCAGUUGCCUUGGUAUGCGGAUUUGGUCAAUUAUUUAGUAACUGGUAAUUUUCCUGCAGGUCAUUUUGGGCCAAAGAGAACUGCUCAUAAGGUUUUAGAAAGUGGAUUUUAUUGGCCCUCAUUGUUUAAGGAUGCCUAUGUGUUUUGCAAGUCAUGUGAUCGCUGUCAAAGGGUAGGUAAUAUAGCCCGUAAAGAUCAUAUGCCCCAAGUCCCGAUGAUUUUUGUAGAAAUUUUUGAUGUCUGGGGUAUAGAUUUCAUGGGCCCUUUUCCUACUUCAUUUGGUUUUCUGUAUAUUUUGCUGGCAGUUGAUUAUGUGUCUAAAUGGGUGGAGGCUAAGGCCACUCGAACUAAUGACUCGAAAGUGGUUGCAGAUUUUAUCAGAUCUAAUAUUUUUGUGCGAUUUGGUAUGCCAAGAGCUAUUGGUCUCAACGUCAUAUCACCCUCAGACCAAUGGUCAAGCGGAGGUGUCGAAUCGGGAGAUAAAGUCCAUCUUGGAGAAAUGGUGCGCCCCUAUAGAAAAGAUUGGAGUCAACGGUUGGAAGAUGCACUCUGGGCCUAUCGGACGGCAUACAAGACACCUAUAGGGAUGUCUCCCUAUAGGUUGGUAUUUGGUAAGCCGUGUCAUCUUCCAGUAGAGUUCGAGCAUAAAGCAUUUUGGGCGGUUAAGCAAUGCAAUAUGGAUAUUGAGGAGGGCGGAAUCCAAAGGAAGUUACAAUUACAGGAGUUGGAGGAGAUUCGCAAUGAAGCUUAUGAGAAUGCGGUAAUUUAUAAGGAGAAAAAUAAAAUUUUCCAUGACCAACAGAUCUCAAGGAAGACAUUCGAGUGUGGGCAAAAAGUUCUGCUGUACCACUCCAAAUUGCAGUUAUUUCCAGGUAAAUUACGUUCUCGUUGGAUUGGCCCUUUUGUUGUGACUAAUGUCUUCCAUUAUGGUGCAGUCGAGAUCCAAAGUUUAAAAGCUGAGAAGAAAUUUGUAGUGAAUGGUCAUCGUCUCAAGCCGUAUCAUGAAGGGGUUCCAACUGAACGGGUGGAGGUGAUGCACUUGGAGGAUCCGACUUGCUUAGUUUAA